UUCAUUUAAUACCAUGGUCACCUCAACCAACCUGAACCCCCUAUAAAUAUGUCCCUUCAACCCAAUCCCAACUUACCCUCAUGUCCAAAAAACCAAUUGGGUAAACCUUCAGAUUCACAAAAGAAAAAUGGAUCAUUUCUCUUACUAUAAUCAGAAUAACACCCACACCAACUCCUCAAACUUUGCUUCAGCACUGGAAACCCACACCAAACAGAAGGUGGGCAAUGAUAAAAAUGGGAAGAAAUCAAGGAAGGAAUUGAAGCUCUCGACGGCCCCGCAGAGCGUGGCGGCCAGAGAGAGGCGGCACCGGAUCAGCGACCGGUUCAAAAUUUUGCAGAGCUUGGUUCCGGGCGGGGCCAAGAUGGACACGGUGGCGAUGCUGGACGAGGCCAUUCACUAUGUCAAGUUUCUCAAGGCCCAAAUUUGGCUUCACGAGAACAUGUUCAGUAUUAUGGACGAUUAUUGUGUGGUUGAUCCCUCCCUGCUGUUUUCUGGUGAUCACGAGCAGAGUGAUCUGUGCUGGCCGGAGAAUGUGGUGGGUGGUGGGGUGGAGUUGUCGCCGCCGUUUCGGUUGCCGGAGGUUUAUUUCCAAGGGGGAGAAGCCAUGAGUUUUGAUUGAACUGUGAUGAGCUAGCUCUUGAGUUUAAUGGUGUUAGAUUAGUUAAGUGAAAUGGGGUAUUAGGAGUACUAUUUUGAGGUAAUUGUAAUUUAUGUAAGCAAGAGAAAUUUGUAUGGUAUUUUGGGAAAGAUGAUUGGAAUGUGGUAAAUGUGUAAUUGGGAUUUCGAGAAAGGAUGUGAUUUUAACACUCCAA